AUGAAAUCUCUCUCCGAAGUCGAUUGGCAACCAGAUAGAUUGUGUGUAAUAUGGACAAGAAGGGGCAGGAAGGAAUCCACUGAGCUUCACAAAUGGGUACCCGGAAUCAAAGACCCAUACAAAGGCACAGUAACAUGGACAGUACCAGAGAAUUUGGAAAUCACCGUUACAUUAUUCAGAGAAAAUCGAGCCGAUGCUCUGUUUGAGGACAAAGAAUGGCUCUUUGUUUUAGAAGAUGAAGCAAAGAAAGGCAAGCGUCGCGUGUUAGCACAAGGUGUAAUCAACAUGAAAGACUUUGCUAGUAUGGUGCCAACGCAAGAAAGACAGAGGAUUACAUUAAAACCUGUGAGUAAGAAGAUCGUCAGUGCAUCCCUAGAGCUCACCGUUUCCUGCAUGCUCCUCAGAGAAGGGGCCGCGACUGAUGAUGAUAUGCAGAGUCUUGCCAGUAUUCUUAGCUUUCACCAACCGGACAUUGCCGAUCUCAAUGAUUUCGAUGACGAGGACGACGAGUUCGAUCGCGAGAUCCUUACAUCGGAGAAGAUCUCUAAAUUGGCAAGUCAGUACACCUUCAUGGGACCGGAUGAUAAUACAGAGGAUCCUUUCAGCGCUUUAGAUGCUUUAGAAGAGGAAGAAUAUACAGGUGACCCGUUCCUAAAAUGUGACUCUCGCGGUCGACCGACACGUCUGGAUGCCUCUUUCAACAGUGACUCCGCUGAUGCUUUAGGAGAAUCCUACGAACAUGGUGAAGGUUUCGAUGAUUUUGAGUAUGAUGGAGGAGCUAACUACCAACAGGAACUAAGAGAAAGAGAUGAGGAUAUAUCGCCCUCAUCGGAUUCUACCACUCCCACUGUUUCAUUAACCCCUAGUACACCUGUAGCAUCAACAGAUUUUGGAACUCCUUAUAUGGUAGCCGAUGCAGCAGAUUUUGAUGAUGCAGACAAGAAGCAGCGGAAACGAAAAGCACCUCAACCUCCAAACGACGGCGGCACCAACUCGUCCCCAUCCUCCCCCCAACCCCCCAAGCAGAAAGACGGUGGAUGGGCUACUGCGGGAACCACUGAACCUGUAAGUAGCCGCUCUCCAUCCCCCACUCACUCUACGUCCUCGAUCGUGGCAGCCUCCAGACAGUCUCCCAUUCCAAUGGAGGGAGACAAUGAAGAAGAAGAAGUCCGGGAGAAACCAAUCCCCAGCCCUAGAUCUUGGGCUUCUGCAAGUCCUAGCCGACGACGUUCUAGCGAAGGAAAAGAGAGUCCUUUAAAGUCCAACAAGAAUGCACCAAGCCAGCAGCUGUUGCUAUGGUGUCAAGAGGUCACCAAAGGUUAUCGAGGGGUCAAGGUCACCAACCUGACAACCUCUUGGAGGAAUGGUUUGGCUUUCUGUGCAAUCAUCCAUCGUCAUCGGCCAGACUUAAUAGAGUUUUCAUCACUGUCACCACAUGAUAUAAAGGGCAAUAACAAGAAGGCUUUUGAUGCCGCUGCUGCCUGUGGCAUUCCAAGACUUCUUGACCCUCAAGACAUGGUCCUUUUGGCCGUACCGGACAAACUUGCCGUUAUGACUUAUCUCUUUCAACUGAGGGCGCACUUUACCGGCCAUGAACUGGAAGUCAAAAGGAUUGGUCGUACAACGAAAAAGAGCACGUACAUUGUUGGGAACUACUCAUCAGACAAAUCCAUGCCAGAAGAUGUAUUUGCACAGGAAACAAAUGUCAUCCAUGACAACAGGGUUGUAGCAAAUGGAGAGAGGACAGAAAAUGGAGAAGAGGUUGUUUCAAAUGGAGUUCCAAAGAGCCCAGGCUCACCAACUAAAUCAGGACCCAAUAGCGGGAAGAACUCCCAAAAGAAUGGUGAAGACAAGGUGGAAGGAGUGGACAACAUGAACAUUAAGAACUCGGACAGCAACGGGCAUACGGACCUGUCAAGAAGUGCUACCAGUAGCAAUGUGGAAAUGAGACUCCCAAAACAAACAUCAAAAGAUAAAGAAGCAGAAUCAAAUGGUGUUGACUCUGAUAAGAGCAGGACUCCUGCAGAUACUCCUGCAGAGAAUGGGAGGAGCCCUGUAGGAGCUGGUGGAGACCAGGUGUGGAUCAGAGCUCCUGCAGGUGCCAAGAAAGACACUAAAGGGGAUCUGGAAGCCAGUCAGAAGUCUAAACAGGAGGAUUUGAAGGAGCGAGCUAAACGAUUACUAGAGCUAGCUCGGAAGGAGGCAGCAGUUAAAAGAGCAACUCUGAAGAGAGAACAGUCGCGAGAUGGAGAUGCUAAUGAGGAGGAAGAGAAGCGGAAAGAAGAGUUGAAAAUAAGAGCCAGAAAAUUGAUAGCAGAAGCCCGCGGUAGCAUUAAUAAACCUCAAAUAGAAGGGAUUGAUGAAAUGACUGAAGCCGUCAAGGAACAAGCUACAAUAGGUCUUGGUUACAACUUUUAUCAAUAUGGUGGUCAGUGUGGUGAGAAGGCAGGAACAGAUGGACAGCCACUGGCCAGCCCUGACCAACCCUCACCGGUCAGCCCCGAUGAUAAUCAAAUCACCAAGGGGUUGACCAAGGGUAUAGCGGUCAAGACACCACUCCAAUCCUUCACCAAUCUCGUCCAGCCGGUACAGAGAAAAGCCAAGACUCCAGAUGACUCGUCAGAUGAGGCCAGGACACCGGAUGGACAGACCAAAGAAGAAAUCAAAGAUUCAGAAGAGAAAGAUCAACAAGUGGAGAAGAGUAAAGAAGGAACAGAAGAUCUCAUGGAUGAAGAUCUUCAAGAGACGAGUGAAUACAUCCUCGGUGAAUACUCUGCUCUGGAUCGGGAACAGAAGCAGAUCGACGAGAGGGCGGCAUUCGUCGAGAAAGCUCUUCGACAGGCCAUGGAGGAAGGUACGGAUGAUGAAGCAGCUCUUAUGCAGGAAUGGUUUGAAUUGGUCAACAAGAAAAAUGCUCUCAUCAGACGGCAGGAGCAGCUUAAUGUCAUGGAGAAAGAGCAUGAUCUUGAGAGGAGGUAUGAAAUGCUUAAUCAAGAACUCAGAAAGAUGAUGGAAAUCGGAGAUUGGCAGAAGACGGAGGAGGAGAGACAAAGGGAGGCUCUACUGUUAGAAGAUCUUGUGAUCCUUGUCAAUAAACGCGAUGAGCUUGUUAUGGAACUCGAUGCCCAGGAACGAGAGGCUGAGGAGGAAGCAAAUUACUUGGAGAAUGCUUUACUUAGGAGACGGAAUAAAGGAUCAAUAAAAGAUGAGAAGUGCAGUAUACAAUGAGGAAAACAAACGGAUCAUGACAUGUUCGUACAUAGACUAAUUGCUAAUAGUUAAACAAUUGCAGUCAGAGUUUAUGAAGGUAAAUGAGGACAAGUGACAAUGAGAACAAAUAUCUACCUGUGAUGAAAUUUCCUAAGAAUACUGAUUUGUUCUUAAAUUCACAUUUUCUAUGUGAUUCCUGUGUGUUAAGACUCAAAUAUAUAAGGACUGCAUCUUUUGAUGUAAAAUUGAUUUUGUGUGAAGGAGGCUUUGUCACGUACAAUUAGCUUCAAAUGUGAUUAUAAACAAAGGGAUAUGUAGGAACUAACGAAAGGAAAAUUGCUUGUUCAGGAGAGUGAAAAAAGUUUUUUUUUUUUUCUUUUUCUUUUUUUGCCUGUGCAUGAUGGUUUUUAUCUUUAAAGGUACUAAGAAGCCAGAUUAUUGCAAAACCAGAGUUAUGAAUGAAUGAAUGUAUGAAUGGAUGAAUGAAUGAAAGAAUGAAUGAAUGGAUGAAAGAAUGAAUGAAUGGAUGAAUGAAUGAAUGAAUGAAUGAAUGAAUGAAUUAAUUAAUUAAUUAAUUAAUGAGUGGGUGAGUGAGUGAGUGGAGAAGUGAUUGAGUGAAUGAAUUAUUACACCAAAUAAUAGACAACAGAAAUUUAUCAGAGUAAAGGAAAAUCUUGAUCAAUUAACAUUUCAGAUUGAAUAUGUGACAUGUCAUGAAAUAAGAGUAUGUGUAAUAACUUUAGAAUCAUUUAUUAAAUUGCUGAUUGCCAUUUUUUUGUUUGUUUAUAAAAAAAACUUUAAAAGAAUAUUUUUAUUUCAUUUUCUUUGAAGAAAACUAAGCUUUAUGUGUAGUAUACUAAUACAUUGAACAUGUAUAGUUAUUUAAUUGCCUUGUACUUUUGAAAUUAAUUUCCUACUUUUGUGAAGUACUUUUUGUUUUGACAGUUUGAUUGGCAAACCAUUUAGUAUUUUGUACAUGAUUUGAAAUUGUACAUUUUUUUUUAAAUACAGCUAAGUUGUACAAUUUAUAACGGAUAUUAUUUGUGCCUUUCAGAAUUGGAUUUGGUUAAAGGUAUUUAAAGUUGAUAUUUUGUAUACACAUGUUAUUUGGGAGUAUUAGUGUACAUGUUGAUAUAAUGCAAAGGUGUAAUAUCUUAUGUUUAGGUCAAGUAUUACCAUUGCCAGCUAUUGACAUAUCAUAAACAAGACAUGAUUGCGAGAUCGAAAUAGAAUAACAUACACUCCGCAGUAUAUGGAAUAAAAACAUUUCCAUAGUUUAAGGAAUAUCAUAGAUAAUUUCUUUUAAUUUCUAAAACAAUGAUUUCCAACAAUACAUUACAAGUGAUUUAUGCUUGGAGAAGCAAAAAAUUAUUUUUGAAAUGCCACUUUUCUAGUUUGUCUGAUAUAUUGAUAGAUAUACGCAAAAGUUAAUAGGUUUAUAUCAAUUUUCUACAUUUUUCUCAAACAUUUAUGUACUUCUUUGAAGAUAAAAAAAAAGUUAUAUAUUUUAGGGCGUACAUGUAUAUACAUGUACCUGGUUACUAGAAUUGUCUAUUAGAUUCAAACAUUUAGUAAAGAAAAUAUUGUAAUGAAAUAUUUUGUUUGGAAAUAUUUGUAUAUAUGAUUAAUAUUGAAUUUGUUUUGCCUGGUAUUUAAAUAAGUGGACAUUGUUGCAUCUUUGAUAGAGGUGUAUAUCGUAUGAAAUAUUGUAUAUAAAAUACUCUAUAUUUGUUGGUGAGAGGUACAGUUGAUCUCUGAUGGUUGAUAUUAAUAGGUGUGUUUACGAGGAUUAAAGAAAGAAAGACAUAGAAAUACAGAGAGAGAGAGAGAGAGUGUGUGUGUGUAAGGGAGAGAGAAGGAGUGUGACAGAGAGAGAGAAAGAGUGCAAGGGAGAGAGAGAGAGAGAAGGUGGGGGUUAUAGUGAGUAGGAGGAAACUUUGUGUUUGUGGUUGUACAUUCGUUUUAUGUAUAUUGCUGAAAAAGUAUUCACCUAAAUGUGCAACAACAACCGAAAAAGCUAUUUAUUUUGUAGUUAUUAGACCCUGCUAUUAAAUAGUCAACGUAGAUAACAGUGGUAGAUGCAAGCUAAUGAUUCAAUUAAUAGUAAAGUAUUUGACUAUUUCCAUCAUUAUCUUUGUUAUUAUAUUGAAAUCCAUGCCAAAUUUAUUAACCAUCUACAACCUAAAUCAAUGUUAUGAAAAGUAUACCGAUAGUCCUACAAUUUAUUCAUAGGCAUUUGGGUUUGGGGACUUACUGGUUGUUAACAUAUUAUAUGAAAUGGUCUGUGAUCAUAUUGUAUGUUUAUAAAUGGAUAACAUAUUACUUUAACUUGAAAAUGAAAUAUAGAUUUACUGGGAUGUAGUAACUUGUUCAUGUUAUAGCAUAAUCUGCAAAAAGUGAUCAAUUGAACAUGAAUUAACUCUAUUUUUUAAAGUUUGUACGCAGAGUGUUUAUUUAAUAACAUCCAAACAAACUAAUUUCUCUAAUGAUUAACAUUGGGUGAUAUCAAGAGUGGUGUUGAACACUGAUGGUGUUAAACACUGAUGGAUGGUGUUUUUAGGAUGUGCACCGGCCUCAAUGUCCCAUGUGAGGAAAGACUGGUGUUUGGAUUAAAACCACUUUAUUUUGCACUGUUGGUGAUUAAAUUUUUACCAUUUUAAUCCAAAAGUCUGUUUUUAAGCUCAGCUCUUCAACCUGCAUUUUGCCCAAACCAACCAAAUACUAAACACUUAGCACCUAUACUCAACACCAUACACUUAAUAUUGAACUUGAAAUCUAUUAUAAUGGUCAUUCAUAUAUGUAUAGUUCUUGCCAUUUGUUCUUCCCCAUAUUUGUUACAAAAUUAGAUUAAAUCUAUUAUUUUCUCCUAUUACCUGAAAAAUCUUAUGUUUUUGUUUAUGUAAUUUACAAUUUAUCUGUUAUAUGAUUGUGGAUUUACCAUGUCUAUUCUUGACUUCACUCUUGUAAAUCAUUCUCAUUCAUUAUGUGUGGAAUAUGUCACAGGGUUAAUGUUUACAUUAGGUUAGAAUCUUUAUUUUUUCAAUUUCCGGGGUACCCAUUCACCUCACCUGGGUUGAGUGCAGCACAGUGGGGAUGAAUUUUCUGUGUGAAAGAAAACAUGCCAUUGCUGGGAUUCGAACCCUUGGCAUUCAGUUUGAAUGAUGAUGAGGGUCUGAACCACUAGACUGUGAUGUGCCCGUGUGUUGUGGUUUCAUCUUUCAAUAUCUUUAUAGUCAAAAUGACGAAGAACAACUCUCUCCAAUGAAUUGUAAUACAUUCUGAUGGAAGUUAACCAGGGUUUGUUUUAUCCCCUUUUUAAUUUGCCCUGUCCAACCAAUUCGUGCCUUUGUGUUAUUUAUUGAUAAGGUGUGUGUAUGUAUCCUAUUUCAUUGUAAUAGUAACAGGUGGAUUAAGAUUCAUAUGAAAGGUCAGAAUCUUGUUCAAUUCAUUCAGUUUCCUUUUAACAAAAAUAAUCUUUGUUUGUCGCGCGAGUUUGAUGACAUUUGGCUACCGGAUGUUUUGAUGAAGAUGAUUAUAAUCGGGGCGUGUCAAAUGUCAGUUUCCGAAUUUAAACAGCAACAUAAAUCAUGAUUGAAAAUGUGAUUACAAAACGCAGAUAUAAUGAGAAACAAAGGGUGUGUUCAAUGUCCUCCAUUCUGGAUCUUAAAAGUAAAUGUCUUUCAAAUCAUGAUUCGAAAGAAAAUUUAAUCGUCCAAAAAGAUGUGUUUGUAAACGCGAUUAGCUCGGAUUUUAUGACCUACAGCAUUGCGAAUCGGCAUUGAACACGAUUGAGUUUGGAAACGUUUUUAAAUUUGCUCUCAUAAUGGAAGCCUUCAACAAGCAGGUUACAGAAUUGACCUUGUGAUGGGUCAUACUGUGCACUAAAAUUGAGCUAACGAAAGUGGGAAAUUUAAAGAUGAUCAACAAAUUAUCAGCUUUAUAUUUUCAACAGUGAACAGCUGAUCGUGUUUGUGUUCUCUGUUUUAUAAUUGUUUUCAAUCAUGAUUCCUGUUGAUGUUUAAACUUGAAAAUGAACAGUGAACACAUCCUCAAGUUUGUUUAUGACUUUAUCAAGUGAAUAAAAGAAAAGAUAUUUGCUGUUUGUCAGGUAUGAUAGAAUUAAUAAAGCAAGUAGAAAAACAUUACUGAAAGUUAACUAUUUAGCAUAUUUUGGGCACAGCCCCAUAGUUAACACACUUUCAAUAUAUGACCAAAUUCUUUGAGCAGAUGUGAUGCAUCCAGAAUUAUUUGAUUUCAUUUAUACAGCAAACUAACUUCAGUUGAUUGGUGACAUGAUAUUUCCUCCGGCAGCAAUUGCUCCGUGCUUUAUAUAGGAUUAGGGUUGCAGAUGCAAUAUGGUUUCAUUUUAGAUUUAAGGUUAGUUUGGGGGGUAUAGUGUUGAAUCCUAAAUUGAAGUUGGUCAACUCAUUAGUGUAUGGAAUUUACAGCGGAGCAAUUUUCGCCAGAGCAUAUGUCAUGGAACCAUAAAAGUAGUUUAUAUUUUGGAUGAGAUAAAGACUCAAUGCAAAAGUGAUUAUGUGCUCAUUGGCAACGCUUGCACCAUCUCAUGGCAGCAAUUUUUUGAAUAAAAAAAAAUCAUUGAUGUUUUUUAAUUUGAUAAUUUAAUAGACAUUGGGGGAAAAAAUCAAUAAAACAAACAAGCAAAGUACAGUGCAACAAAUACAAACUUAUCGAUUUUUGUAUGGUUUUAAUUCAAUGAAAAGAGAAGUUAUAAUUGGUACAUUUGAGAGUUCUACCUUGUCAAAAUUUAAUUUUCAAAAUAUCUAACAGAUAUACUGUGCCAAAAUUUACUUCCCGGUAAAAACUAUAGGCAUCAAUGUUUUCUGUAGUUCGAUGAAUGCUCAUUAUUAUGAUUAUACCUUAAUCACAAAGUCAUCCUAAAUUAUUGUGAACUAAAGUUUCCCUUUUAGUCGGUCCAUUCAUGAUAAUUAUCAUGGGUAGCUCCAUUUGUAGUAAGCAUUAUGAAUGUCAAGGCUCCAACAUGCUUCUUAGUGCUUGUGAUUUAGAUGGUUUUGUCAUGUUCAAUGUAUGAAAAUUAUAUGUAAUGGAUACAAAAUUUAAACCAUUUGUCUUUCUGUGCUUAUAAGGGAAUAGUGAUGUGGUUCUAGAAAUGUUCAGAUCGUCCAAAUAUUACCUUUCAUUAUGCGUAGGAUAAUAAUUUUAUACUCCGUGGAUGUAACUAAUGCAAAAAAAAAUUCUUUACUGAACAUUAUGUAUGAACCCAUUUUUAUGUAAUAUAUAUGGGUGAAAUGUAAACUACUUUGCAACAUUCAUUAUCAUUCGUACACAAAUGACUAUUUUGCCUUACACUUAUGUUGACUUAUUUCAUUUCUUCAGGGAGAAAAAUAAACCAAUUGAACUUCUACCGAUUGUCCAGUUCAACAGUAGAACAUAUUGUAUAUGGAAUACUUUUUUGUGAUGAUUGGUCAUCUACCAACUGUAUUAGAUAGUGGAUUGUUCAUGUUAAUAAAUUCAUCUCUUGUUGUGAUAGUAAGAUAAAGCAACAAAUUUGCAAGAAACUCUGAAAAUGCUUUACGUUGUCACUCACACAGAUCAAAAUAGGUAUUUAUGUAUACUCCUUGGGCCUGUUGUAUAAAAGUUUUUACCUAAGAAAACUCUGGUAAAAACUGAAAACUAAGGUUAGGCUGAUUUCUGCCAUUGACUUUAACGCAGGGCAAAAACUCCGGUAAAAACAACCUGAGUUUUCUCAGGUAAAAAGUUUUAUGCAACAGGCCGCUUAUGUUGUAUUAUUAUUGUAUGCAGCACUUAGCAUGCAGGCACAGUCAUGUUGCAAUAAGAAAUAAAGGUGGUUGGAGAAAUUGCUAACAAAAA